UCUCCAGCCGUUUCUGAAAAAAAGGGGAAAAAAUCUCGAGCCAAACUGCCGGGGCGGAAUGGCGGGGAGCUCUCGAGCUUCAGAACUCUGAAAGCGCCGCCAGUCCCCGCCGCCGACGCCGCCGCCGCCUCCGAGAAAAAUGGCGGCCCUCUACGUCCCGCUCCGCGUCAUCGCCUCCCGCCCGCGCGCCCCCACCCUGCGAGUCCUCCUGCCGCUCCACGCCCACCUUCUCACCUCCGGCCGCCUCGCCUCCGCCCCCGCCAUCCUCACCACCCUCGUCUCCCUCUACGCGCGCGUCCCGGCCCUCCACCCCGUCGUCCACCACCUCCUCCCGCCGGCCUCCCCGCUCCCCUGCUUCAACGCCGCGCUCUCCCUGCCCUACCCGCUCGCGCUCCGCGUCUUCGGCCGCCUCCGCGCCGCCCACUUCCCCGACUCCUUCUCCUUCCCGCCGCUCGCCUCCUCCGCCCCGUCCCCGCCCCACCUCCUCGCGAUCCACGCCCUCUCGCUCCGCUGCGACGUCGCCCACGACCUCUUCUGCGCCAGCGCCCUGCUCCGCGGCUACCUCAGGUUCGGCCUCGCCGACCACGCACACCGCCUGUUCGACGAAUUGCCCCUCCGGGACGUCGUGGUCUGGAACGCCAUGGUCAACGGGUUCGCCAAGCUCGGCUGCUUCGACCGCGCCAUGGAGUGCUUCCUGCGGAUGAGGCAGGAUGGCACGGUGGAGGUCAGCGCUUUCACCGUCACCGGAAUCCUGUCGGUCUGCACUGCGGCCGCGGAUUUCCAGUGCGGGGCUGCCGUUCACGGGAUGGUGGUGAAGUCGGGACUCGACCACAAUGUUUCCGUGUGUAACGCCUUGGUGGAUCUUUAUGGGAAGUCCCAUGAUGUGGCCAGUGCGGCGAUGGUGUUUGAGGGGAUGGCAGAGCAGGACAGGGACUUGUUCAGCUGGAACUCGAUGCUGUCCGCAUUGCACUACUCGGCUGACCAUAUGGGGACAAUGAGGCUCUUUCGUAGGAUGAGGCAUGCUGCAGUAUGGCCGGAUGCAGUGACCGUUGCGGCUGUUCUCCCUGCAUGUGCGCAGACUGCUGCACUGAAGGUUGGGAGGACGGUGCAUGGGUACAUUAUCAUGAUCGGACUGGCUCGCGAUGGUGCAAUGGACGUGCGUGCUUGUAAUGCGCUGGUAGACAUGUAUGCCAAGAGCGGGGCACUGGAUGAGGCAUGCCGUGUAUUUUAUUGGAUGCGCCAACAGGACGUGGCAUCAUGGAAUAUUAUGAUCAACGGGUAUGCAUCCCAUGGGCGUGGGCAGGAGGCACUGGGGUUGUUCCGCCAGAUGACAGAGGUGAAAGGUCUGGUGCCAGACGAGGUAACUCUGCUGGCAGCAAUGUCGGCGUGCAGCCACUCUGGGUUUGUCGAAGAAGGGAGAAGUUUACUUAAGAGAAUGAAAGAGGAGUUCGGUUUGGAGCCGCUGAUGGAGCACUUCGCAUGUGUGACUGACAUGCUUGGGCGAGCAGGGAGGCUGGAUGAGGCGAGAAAGGUAGUAGAGGAGGCAGGAGAUGUAGGAGCUGGUGCAUGGAGGACAUACCUUGCAGCAUGCCGGAUGCAUGGUGAUAAAGAAAGGGCCCAAGAGGCAGCUAGGAUGCUGAUGACGACGAAGGAGCCUGGGAGUGGUGGAUGGGUGCUGCUAGCGAACACAUAUGGCUGGGAUGGAAACUUUGAGGGCCUGGAGGAGGUAAGGGGGGAGAUGAGACGGCAGGGAGUGCAGAAGCCUGCACCGGGCUGCAGCUGGGUUGAGGUGGGUGGAGGAAACGGCGAGAGCGGAACAGUUGGGCACGCUUUUGUUAGUGGCGAUAAGGAACACCCCUAGGCUGACAUGAUUUAUGAAAUGCUGCAUUCAUUGAUAAGUUGGAUGAGGGAUUGCAGUGAUUUGAGUAUCACGACCCCAUUAUAUAAUUGAAUGCUCAUAUCUGUUCUUAUUUUGUUACAAGCUAGCACUGGCGUACUAUUGCGCAGAUAUUAAUUAGAAUGGUGCAUCAUUGGAUACAGAUAGGCUUGCACCAUUAAGAGCACCACCGAAACUUGGACCUGGUAAGAGGGUUUCGCCAAAUAUCAUAGUUCCAGCAGUCAGUGCUCCAGCUCCAAGCCCCAUUCCAAAGUUUGGUGCACUAUUCUGAGCUGCAGAUUUUCUUGGUGGCACAUUUAUGUAGUUCUGUGGCACUCUCUCCCUACCGGGAUGCUGUGGUGGGAAGAAGCCGAGGUUUGAAGUUGGUGGUGGUGGCAGGGUUGAUGGAAACAUUGGGGGUUGGUAGCUGUAGCUACUUCCUAAUGGUGAUGGAUCUGGGCGAGUUCCAGGGAUCACCGGCCUGGAAUUACUACGGUGAUCAGCAUCUUCUCUGUCGCCCCUAUAAUGGUUGUAGGGUGGCGGUGGAUAAUUAUAAACUGGUCCGUCUUCUAUAGCCAAUGUGAUGCCGACCUGAUCGGAGUUCUUCAAUCCUUCAGAUCCGGAUGGAUAUAUCCACAAAUCCAUGAGCUUUGUCUGACUUCUUCCUCCUAAGCUGGAAGCUGCCAGUCUCCUCAAUGACUUCUGAAUGCUCCUCACUUUGGGCGAAUUUCUCAAGAUACUCCUUCAACUGCACAACUGCAGCUCCCUGGAGAUGCUCCCUUAGGAAGAUGGGCUCUCUCCUGUAGACCUCAACUGUCAGUUCCAUCUGCUGCUGGGCCAGACCAUGCUCAUCCACCGAGACCGAGAACUUGGUGCCCCAGCUUGCAUUUGAGUUUCCCGACGCGUCAAUCUUGGUGCAGUACUUGCUGUUGGGAUCAACCCAUCCGACUGAGAACCACUGUGGCUUCAGCAGCGACGAUCUGCGUCCUAGACCGCGCGCGGAGAUUAUGCAGAACUCGACUGAUAGCUUUUUCAUUUGUAUGAGGGCGGGUGAGGGCGUUGCAGGAUGUGAUGCAGACCAGGGGAUACGAUGCGGAGAUUUAUCAUCAUCCCAUAGGCACCCUUUACCUUGCUGCAAAGUUAUUCAAGACGAUAAUAAGGAUUUGUUUCGUGUCUA